GAUUCCUCGUCCAAAAAACUGAAUACGCUCCUCUCCCUCCUCCUAUUUAACUCUUAACAUUUUCUCUCUGUGUUUUCGAGAUUUGCAUCAAAUUUGCGGGACCUCUCUUUCACUCCAUCCAACCUACCACUCCCACCAUUUAGAUUUUACAUUUACACUCUCACUCUUCUCUCUCUACUUUACUCCAAUUCAUAUCUCUACUUUCUCCAGAUCCCAAACCUCUAUUUCUCAUUCUUUCUAUAUUCAAUUCAAUUCAAUUAAAUGGGGUAUAGAGCAGAUGAUGAUUACGAUUACUUAUUCAAAGUUGUGUUAAUUGGUGAUUCUGGUGUCGGAAAAUCCAACCUACUAUCUCGAUUCACUCGGAAUGAAUUUAGUCUCGAGUCUAAAUCCACCAUUGGCGUUGAAUUCGCAACUCGUAGCAUUCACGUUGAUGAUAAAGUCGUCAAAGCUCAAAUUUGGGAUACUGCUGGCCAAGAAAGGUACCGGGCAAUUACUAGUGCUUAUUAUCGUGGUGCUGUUGGUGCUUUGCUUGUCUAUGAUGUCACUCGUCACGUCACAUUUGAGAAUGUUGAGAGAUGGUUGAAAGAGCUCCGAGACCAUACAGAUUCUAAUAUUGUAAUCAUGCUUGUGGGAAAUAAGGCAGAUUUACGGCAUUUGCGGGCUGUUUCCACCGAAGAUGCACAGACAUUUGCUGAGAAGGAAAAAACCUACUUUAUGGAAACCUCUGCCCUGGAGUCAUUGAACGUCGAAAAUGCUUUCACGGAGGUGCUUACACAAAUAUAUCGAGUUGUCAGCAGAAAAGCUCUGGAGGCUGGGGAUGACCCUGCUGCUGUGCCGAAGGGACAAACCAUUAAUGUGAAGGAUGAUGUAUCUGCGGUGAAAAAAGUUGGAUGCUGUUCCACAUAGUGUGGAGUGUCAAUCGAGUUGAGGGUGGUAAAGUCAUGUGUAAUAUGACACAGGGUUACUUCAAAUUGUGGGUGUUACUGGAAGCAUCAAACACACAUUAGAGAGCUUCUUUGCAUAUUUUAGUGUCAUGUUUUAUCUGUUCAUCUCAGGCUUCAAGAAUUAGUUUACUUGAUUCAAUGAGAUCUGAGGUGGACCUCAUUUCUGCUUCCGUCUCACCUUACCAAGAUUUUUCUCAUAUCAAAGCUGUAUUUUUAGCUUCCAUAUUCUGAUUAAAUUUAAAAUCUGAAGAUUGAGCUUAAUUGUUUCAGUUGAUUACUGUAAGUUUUCUCAUCUACUAGGGUCCUGUUUUUACAUGAAGCCCUUGAAACUGGGAUAGUUUGAUAUUUGCCAUUAUUACGGACUUGUUUGUUUU